GCCGCGGUCACGUGAUUCGGGAAGAUGGCUGCCCUGACGGCGGAGCAUUUUGCAGCGCUCCAGAGUCUGCUGAAGGCCUCCUCAAAAGAUGUUGUCAGACAGCUGUGUCAAGAGAGCUUUUCCAGUUCAGCCCUUGGCUCAAAAAAACUCUUGGAUAUUACGUGUUCCAGCUUGUCCGUGACCCAGGAAGAGGCAGAACAACUGCUCCAGGCUCUGCACCGCCUCACCAGGCUGGUGGCGUUCCGUGACCUGUCCUCCGCCGAGGCGGUUCUGGCUCUGUUUCCAGAAAACUUCCACCAAAACCUCAAAAACCUGCUGACAAAAAUCAUCCUAGAACACAUAUCUACUUGGAGAGCUGAAGCCCAAGCAAACCAGAUCUCUCUGCCACGCCUGGUUGACCUGGACUGGAGAGUGGAUAUCAAAACCUCCUCAGACAGCAUCAGCCGCAUGGCAGUCCCUACCUGCCUGCUCCAGAUGAAGAUCCAAGAAGAUCCCAGUCUGUGCGGAGAUAAACCUUCCAUCUCAGCUAUCACCAUGGAGCUGAGCAAAGAAACGCUGGACACUAUGUUAGAUGGGCUGGGCCGCAUCCGAGACCAGCUUUCUGCCGUGGCCAGUAAAUGAUCCGACCAGCUGCUGGCGGCCACUGUCGUGCCCCAGGGGCUCGUGAGCAGCGAGGCACCUCCCAACACGCAGGCUGCCCUGCAGCUGACAGCAGCCAGGAUGGUGGGGAUGGAGGGGUUCCUGCCAUCCAGAAGGCACAGUUGGAUUGGGAGGAAGCAGCCAGGCCCCUUGUUGUUCUCCUCACUUAUCUGUUUUCUCUUUCUGAAGCUGGUGAGCAGAAGCCCCUGUUGUUGAAAGGCUCCUGUGUACAGCUUAAUUACCGCCGUGGCAGUAUGAGGGAACAUUUGCUUCGUCAGCUGCCUCUGCAUCAGUGCUUGGGCAAUUUCAGCCCAAAUUGUGGAGCUUAUCUAAUAAGUUUAUUUCCAACCUUAGCUCUGAUUAGUUCAUUUCCAACCCCGGAACACAUGGAGGGAAUCAGGCGUGUGAUGCCGGCAGUUCUGCUCUGUUAGAGAAGCCAGGCAAAUCUCACCAAGCAGGGCCACUGAAGCACAGCCGUCCAGAGCAUUCCCUGAGCUCCCUGGGCCUUGCUGGACUGCCCCUUCAGUGUGGGGAGUCUGAAAUGGGUGCUAAUUCUCUUCUUUGUAAAGCCAGGGGCCCCUUGAUAUAAUGCACCCACCCUGGGGUGAAUACGUGGGAAUAAUUGGAAAUAAAAUAAACAGUUCUCAACAUUUUUCAUGA